AUGCAGCCCGAGUCUCUAGAUGCGACAACGCAGCCAAAGGGACCUUUGAACUGGGGAGAAAUUAACUUCAUUCACACAAGCGACACCCAUGGAUGGCUGGAAGGGCACGUCAAGGAACGCAAUUACGGUGCUGACUGGGGUGACUUUGUGUCCUUUGCGAAGCACAUGCAGGACAAAGCGGUAGAGAAAAACGUUGAUCUCCUGCUCAUUGACACUGGCGAUUUGCAUGAUGGAAAUGGCCUCAGUGAUGUAACAACGCCCAACGGCGAGGUCACGAAUCCUAUCUUCGAAAACAUCGACUAUGAUCUUCUCACACCCGGAAACCAUGAGCUAAUUGCAGCCGAUGUUGCGUACAACACAUUCACCAAGUUCUCCAAGGUGUAUGGUGACAAGUACCUGACAAGCAAUGUUGAUAUCUGCAAUAACUGUCAGAAUGGCGAACCAGACGAAAAGGAAUGGGUUUCUAUGGGCCGCAGAUCUCGAUAUUUCACCACAAAGCAGGGUCUCCGAAUUAUGGCAUUUGGGGUGAUCCUUGAUGGGACCAAUAAUAACAAAGACAUGACAAGAAUCCAGCCAGCUGCUGAAAUGAUAGAGGAAGACUGGUUUAAGGAUGCGAUCAAUCGCCAGGAUAUUGAUCUGUUUGUGCUUAUUGGUCACAACCCCGUCAAGCCUGGAAUCCCUAAGAGUGAAAGCAGCUUCCCCCUUCUAAUGGACACUCUCCGGACAACGCGACCUGAGAUUCCUGUGCAGGGAUUCGGGGGUCACACUCACCGCCGUGACUUUCACAUCUACGACAAUAUGUCCUCGGCGAUAGAAUCCGGCAAAUACUGCGAUACUGUGGGUUGGGUUUCUUUGGAUGGCAUCAAAUCCCAGCCCGUUCAGAAAAGAGUUGCAAGCCCUGAAGUCAAAAAUGUCUUGGUCAAUAAAAGCACGAUGGUGGAAUCGGCCGAUGAAUCUUGCUCCAAAACGAAAGACUUUGAUAUGCAGUUAACCCGUCGGUAUCUGGAUUGGAAUCGCCUUACUUUUGCCUACCAUGCAACUGGAUCCCAGAACAUAUUGAACACCCCCGAGGGACUCAAUGUGACCAAAGGAAUUACGGACAGCCGCAAUAGUCUCAAUUUGACAUUUGUGUACGGGUGCGCACCACAGACAUACUGCAUAUCAUGCAAGCCAUUCGGUGACGAGGGAAACAUCUACACUCUGGUGCAGACUGCUGCUGCUGCGACUGUGGUUGACCCAGAUCGAUCCGCGAAAUCAAGGGUGAUUAUUGUCAACAAAGGAGCCAUCCGGUACGACGUGGUUCAAGGUCCAUUUACUGUGGAUGACGCCUAUAUCGUCUGCCCGUACACUUCUACCUUCAGAUUCCUCGCCGAUGUCCCUUAUUCUCUGGCUUCGAAAGUCCUAGACAAUAUAAACAAACCGAAAACCACCACCAAACGAUACAUGACUGUGGAUACCAUUUCAAGUAAGAUGUUGGGUUACGAUGAGUGCAACAAUCCCUCGCCUCACAAUGGUACCGAGCUUCUCAAGCCAAAAUCUCUCUUCCGUCGUGUACUUGACGCAGAUACACUAACCCCGGGAUAUACAACAUGUGAUGACCUCGGCAAUGAUGGCGAUGACACUCCGCACUCUGAAAUCCCGGAAUACGCUCAACCAGACCAUGUUCAAGCUACCGCUGCGUUCCCACAGGAUGGUGAACCAGACAAGGUGGAUUUGAUUUUCUCUGAUUUCCUUGGUUCAAGGAUCGUUACCGCGUUAAAUUCCGGGAACCCGCCUAAGAAUUAUACGACGGAUGAUACUCGUCUUUACCUUCCGGAGGACUUCACGACGAAUACCUUCCUUCCCACCUAUGCCUCUAUGGCCUGGAAAGACAACAUCGAUGACUGUCCGAUUGGAGAAUGA